GUUUUGGCCAGGGAGAAGUCCCUUCGAGGGUGGAUGUUCUUUAUUUGCAAACAGAAGCCUGUGCUGCCAUCACGGCAGAAGAACAGUCGCUGGGUACUAAUGUUUCUGAUAAUACCGUCAAUGUUAUACUAGACGUGUACGUUAGUUGUACUACUGUUGAUGGCGUGCGUUACGGUCUCAAGUUGAGAGACAUUCUUUUACGUGAUGAGACGAUACCGGAUGGUGCCAACAAUUAUGUCGGCUGGUCGAACCCUGCUUAUCCACGCGGCUUCUUUAUCUAUAUGCUACUAGAUAAUGGGGAAUUUGUGACAGAGAUAUGUCGAAGAUAUACACUGGCAGCAGGAAAUCGGGUCUCGGCCUGCCUCGUGUUUAUAACGAACAAAGGUGGAAGUACCCUCUUUGGAACAAGCGGCCCCCCAGAACCUUGCUCAGUGCUCAAUAGGAUCCUAACGCCUGCACAAUAUGGAACGCAGAUCUGGUUCAAUGAUACGAAAUCGGUCCACCAGAAGUCACUCAGGUAUAUCGCAAUGGAUGGACUCGCGCCGCCCGUUCAACGUCCCUUCCUUCCAUCACUUGUAUCCAACCUUCCGUAUUUCUGGACCCAAAAUACUGAGCCAUGGUUCGUAUCAUCAUGUAAUAUGGGAGGCAUUAUGGGCAUGACCAUUUGA